CCUCGCGCCGCACGGGCGCAUUGCCGUUGCAGAACGCGCGCCUGCUCUGUCGUCGCCGUUGAGCUCUUCGCUCUCCGGCACGCUCGCUUCCACUUCUAACGUGCGCCCCUUGCCUCUGGCGGAGACAACUUCCUGGAUUACUCUCGCGCGUCUCUGCAACAUCUUCCGACUUGCUUCGCCGUGUGUUGGAACUCCUCUGCAACCACGACGCAAACCAGCAACAUGCCUGCCGACAGGGCACCGAGCAAGGCCAGCGAACUGCGACGGAGUACCAAGCCCAUCAUGGAGAAACGUCGCAGGGCUCGCAUCAACCACAGCCUCACUGAACUGAAGAAUCUCAUCUUGGAUGCACUGAAAAAAGAUAACGCACGGCACUCCAAACUGGAAAAGGCCGACAUCCUGGAGAUGACGGUCAAGCACCUGCAGCAGCUGCAGAGGCAGCAGGCCGCGCGCUCCAUCGUCUCCGACAGUUCGGUGACCGACAAGUUCCGCGCCGGCUACCGAGAGUGCGCCGCCGAAGUCGGUCGCUACCUGGGACGCCUCGACGGUGUGGACGGCGCCGUCCGUCAACGGGUCAUGGGUCACCUGGCCUCCAGGGUCUCCGAGCUAUCCACUCCUCCCCCGAGUCCCGGCAGCGAAGACGGUGGCCACUUCUUCAACGCCGCCGCCGGAAGCGUUCAACUGCUCCCCACGAGACUGCCGUCGGGCGAGAUCGCCUUCCUGCUGCCCCAGCCCUCCCAACUGUCCGUGUACGCGCCGGUCUCGCCUCCAGCCACACCCGGUCUCGCCACGACCGCCACCUCCUCCGGCAUCCUCAGUCCCGCCUGCAGCGAACGAUCGGUGUCUUCGUCGUCUGCGUCGCUGUCGUCGCCCCCAAGCCCGGUCUCGCCAUCGUCCUGCUCGUCUUCCUCGACCUUCUCUCACCACCAAAGCCUCGGCUUGUACGGCGUGAUGCCGGCGACGCAAGCCGCUGUCAAGGUCGAAGACGAAGCCGUCUGGAGGCCCUGGUGAAGCAGACAGAGUCUGCUCCAGACGACGCACCACUGCAAACCGGUGUCGGCGGAGGAAGGGUCCGGAUGAGUCUUUUUUUCCCGGUCCCGUGUUUCUGAGAUCAUCCAUCCACCGCCCUUCCCCGUACACCGCUACAAAAUGCACCAUGAUCUCUACGGACAGUUCCUCCCACCAGCGUGUUUUUUACACACGCGUCCCCGUCGAUGUCCUUCCCCGUUGGACCCUCCCAGAACCACCGCAAGUGCCUUAACGUAAAGAACCAUCCUGGGACUCUUUCAAUGCGACCAACUGCGAAUACGUUGCUGUGUUUUUCAAGAAGCAAAUUGUUAUCGCGCGCGUCUCCCCCCAAAAAACAGCAUUGUUAUCAGACGCGUUAAGUUAUUUAAACCCACCUGUUAUCGCGAAAGAAAGGGCACGUAGAAGGACUGAUAAGGCGGCUUCUCGUUUUUUGUUAAUAUUGUAUAUAGUUAUCAAAGUCAGAUUGUUUACUGCAAGUGCUCUUGUCAAAUCAUCGCCUUCGCAUGCGCGAGCAUGUCUCAUAUGUGAAACUGCUUUCAAUGUAGUUUUGUACUCCAACUGUGAUAUUUCGCUGCGAUGGGUCUGGCCGUCAGCUCACGAUGUGUUCGAUGUUUUCUUUUUUUUUUUUUCUUCAUUCAUCGCACGGCGGCCUUACCUUCGCUACAAACCAACCCAUCUUCAACUAUACAUUCGUGGCUUGUCGAAGCGUGCGAAAUAUUUAUGACAUUUUUUUUUCUUGUACAAUUAUGUUUGAAGAGGAAAAAAGGAGUCUUCUCGGUCGGCCCUUUGAUGCCGCCGAGUCUAAAUAAAACAAAUGCUGUUUCGAACAUGA